CAUUUCCAAUUCCACCCAAAAUAAAAUAUAUAAUUUAAUAUGUAUUGGUGGUGGUGACUUGAUUGACUUCAGUUGCCACUUUUCAAAAAGUUCAAAUCCCUAUGCAUCUAAUUCUAAAUCUAUCAAGGGUCAGAUGAGAAUCUAUUUUUAUUUGGAUGGUUGAGAUUGAAUGAGGGAUUGCAUAAAAGUCCAAUACCAAUUUCUUACUCCCAAUCCCAAAUCUCCCAUUUAUUCAACCAAAAACCCUAUCUUUACUGUCUCAUCCUCACUCUUUCUUCUCAUACCUCUUAUCUUCUUCUUCUUAUUCAUUUAUAUAUAUAUAUAAUUUUGAUAAUUAUUUGUUUCUUUGCAAAGACCUGUCCUUUUCUGAUUUAUACUGUUCUGGGAUUUUUUUUAUCCCUGAAAAACCUAAAACCCUUUUUGUAUACACUCAAUCUAUUAAAACCCAUGUUUGAAUAGCUCCAAAAUUAUAUUAAUUUAAUCUUUGUGGACUAGAAUGGCUAUUCAUCUUAUUGGGUCGGAGCAAUCGGCCAUGGAGAAGGGGAUUUUGGCGCCGUCUUCUUCUUUGCCUCCUCCUGUAAUUCUAACCCAAGAUGAGUUGAAGAAGAUAGCGGCUUACAAGGCUGUUGAGUAUGUUGAGUCUGGGAUGGUUCUUGGCCUCGGAACUGGGUCCACGGCCAAGCACGCGGUGGCUCGAAUCGGCGAGCUUUUGCAUCAGGGGAAGCUUAAGAAUAUUGUAGGAAUACCCACUUCAAAGAUGACUCACGAACAAGCUGUAUCUGUUGGAAUUCCAUUAUCUGAUCUUGAUUCUCAUCCAGUUCUUGAUCUCGCCAUUGAUGGGGCUGAUGAGGUCGACCCUUAUCUCAAUCUGGUUAAAGGCCGAGGUGGGUCACUCUUGAGGGAAAAAAUGGUUGAGGGUGCUUGCAAGAAGUUUGUGGUCAUUGUUGAUGAGACAAAGAUGGUUAAGCAUUUGGGGGGUAGUGGAUUGGCUAUGCCUGUGGAGAUUAUCCCCUUUUGUUGGAAAUUCACAGCUCAAAGGCUUCAAAACUUGUUUGAGGAUGCUGGUUGUGUGGCAAAGCUGAGGACUUUUGGUGAAAAGGUAGAGCCUUUUGUCACAGAUAAUGGGAACUAUAUUGUGGACUUGUAUUUCAAGAAAGAUAUUGGUGAUUUGAAGGUUGCUAGUGAUUCCAUUUUAAGGCUAGCUGGAGUUGUUGAGCAUGGGAUGUUUUUAGACAUGGCCACCACUGUUAUCAUUGCAGGCGAGCUUGGUGUGACGGUAAAGAAUAAGUAAUGACUGGUAUAAAUGUUCUUAUUUUUCAGUCAAUAUGACUGGUAUUUGUUGUAACAAGGGAACAGUUUUUGUUCCCACUUGAUUUAAUCUAUUUAUGGGGUCACAUCUAAUUUUGAUUAUGUCUUUGGCACAAUUUAGCCUCGAAGAAUAGGAACAUUGAAUUUUCUUGACAGCUAAAUGAGGGGCUUAUAUUGUUGGCUGUACUCAAUUCACUCAUUAUUUAUGGAACCUCCAGUUCCAUUUAAACUAGUGUUACACAUAUUUGGUUAUGAGAUAUCUUAUACUUUAUAAAUGUCUCCUGUUGGAAUUCUGAAAAAUUGUAUAGACUGUUCUUGGCUUUAAUGUUUUGUCAAUCAAAAGGUUCUGAGUCUGGUUGAAUGGGA